AUGUCUCAGCCAACUCGCCAGUUCUCCACGGGCGCUUCGGCGCACCGUAGACGGCAGAUGAGCACAGUCAUCGAGAAGGAAGGUCAUUUUGGCGUUGAGCUGACGACCCUCUUCUUGGGAAUAUCGGCAGUCUUUGCCGAUGACCAUACUGCAGUCGUGGCCCUCGCCAUUCAUGACACCACUUACCUCAUUGAUUUCUCCGUCAAGCAUAUUGUGCUUGAUGAUGCACUCAAGAUGGGUGAGGAUGUCAUCUCUGACUAUGUUAUCACGUCGGUUAAGGAGUACGAACGUGAGAACUUUGCCAAGUUUAUUGGCGCUGGUCUACCAAUGACUCUCAAGUACAUGAGCCCUACCCUCUGCUCUCGCCUCUGGCUCGAGACAGAUAUUGUUCCCAUCGUCAUCCGUCCCGACGAUGAACACAAGGAGAAGACUUUCUGGGACGCCAAGCGUGUCGAUGAGCAGGCCGACUCGAUGGCUCGCAAGUGCAUCAUGCACUUUGGGCCCUCUCUGGCGCCUCUGCUACACGUCGGCUUCCGCGGCAUUGUCCAGACCGAUGCUGGCUUCCGAGCCCCCAUCAACACCAUUCAGAACAACAAGGACGUUUGUUCUGCUGCAUCCUGGGAGACCAUGCUCACAUAUGCUAAGAAGCUGCGUGGAAACAAGACGAAGAUAGCCUUCUUCAGCAGUACCCCUCAAGGCGGCGGUGUAGCUCUCAUGCGACACGCUCUUGUGCGAUUUUCGCGCCUGAUGGGUGUUGACCUGACUUGGUAUGUGCCAAAGCCUCGUCCGGGUGUCUUCAGGAUCACCAAGAACAUUCACAACAUUCUUCAGGGUGUCAGCCAUCCUGACCAGAGAAUCUCCGCCGAGGAGAUGGCUGCCAUAAUUGACUGGAUUUCCGACAAUGCACAGCGCUACUGGUUCUCUGAAGGCGGCCCUCUACGUCCUGCCUCGGAGGGCGGUGCUGAUGUGGUUAUCAUCGAUGACCCCCAGAUGCCUGGUCUCAUCCCAAUGAUCAAGAAGUUGACCCCAGACCGUCCCGUGCUCUAUCGCUCGCACAUUCAAAUCCGCAGCGAUUUGGUGGCAAUUUCUGGCUCUCCUCAGGCUGAGGUUUGGGAUUUUCUGUGGAGCAACAUCAAGGGUGCCGACAUGUUCAUCAGCCAUCCCAUCCCUAUCUUUGUUCCCCACAACGUUCCCCGGGAGAAGGUGGUAUACUUCCCUGCCACUACCGACUGGCUCGAUGGCCUGAACAAGCCUCUUAGCCGCUGGGACGCUGGCUACUAUGGCCACCUCUACAACGUGGCUGCUCACUCUCAGCGUCAGACCGAGCUUAACUGGCCGGCCCGCAAGUACAUCGUCCAGGUUGCUCGCUUCGACCCUGCAAAGGGCAUUCCUACCGUUAUCGACUCUUAUGCCGAGUUCCGUCGCCGCUGUGAGAAGGAGGGUGUCACUGACAUUCCACAACUGGUUGUCUGCGGCAAUGGUUCGGUCGAUGACCCUGAUGCAUCGAUGAUCUACGAUCAGACCAUGACGCAGAUGGAGACUCACUAUCCCCACCUCAUUAAGGAUGUCAGCAUCAUGCGUCUUGAGCCCAACGAUCAACUCCUGAACACGAUGAUUGCGAAUGCUCAUGUCGUUCUGCAGCUUUCCACUCGCGAGGGCUUCGAGGUCAAGGUCUCGGAGGCGCUUCACGCUGGCAGACCUGUCAUUGCCACUCUGGCUGGCGGUAUCCCACUUCAGGUCAAGGACGGCAUAAACGGAUUUCUUGUCCAGCCUGGUGACUGGAAGACAGUUGCGGGACAUUUAAUCAAUCUGUUUACUGACCACGAGCUUCAUAAGAAGAUGAGCCAUGCUGCCGCUACUGGUGUUUCUGACGAGGUCGGCACCAUUGGCAACGCCAUUGGUUGGUACUACUUGGCUUCCAAGUGGAAAGAGGUCGGUGUAGAGAAGAACGGCAAGGGUAGUCUCAGGGGAGACGAGAAAUGGGUCAACGACAUGGCUCGAGACGAAGCUGGAUUCCCGUACACCCAGAAUGAGAACCGCCUGCCGCGCCACUUUACUCAAACCAAGAAGCUGCCAGUCCAGACAGCUUAA